GGCGGCGGCGGCGGCUGCUGCUGCUGCGGCUGCUACUAGACGCUUUGAGCCGGAACCGCCGGUGAACUUGGGCGCCACGUUCCCGGUGACUGACCCCGGAGGAUGGUGAACAGGAACUACUGCUGACCCCUGUCUUCGCCGCUGCCUCUCGGGGGCUGCCGAGCGCGGGGCCCCUGUCUCCUCCCCUUGCCCGGCUGUGGGUGAACCUGCAGGCUCCUUACCCACCCGGAGGACUUUUUUUUGAAAGGAAACGAGGGAGGGAGGGAGAGGGAGAGAGGGAGAAAACGAAGGGGAGCUCGUCCAUCCAUUGAAGCACAGUUCACUAUGAUCUUACUCACAUUCAGCACUGGAAGACGGUUGGAUUUCGUGCAUCAUUCGGGGGUGUUUUUCUUGCAAACCUUGCUUUGGAUUUUAUGUGCUACAGUCUGCGGAACGGAGCAGUAUUUCAAUGUGGAGGUUUGGUUACAAAAGUACGGCUACCUUCCACCGACUGACCCCAGAAUGUCGGUGCUGCGCUCUGCAGAGACCAUGCAGUCUGCCCUAGCUGCCAUGCAGCAGUUCUAUGGCAUUAACAUGACAGGAAAAGUGGACAGAAACACAAUUGACUGGAUGAAGAAGCCCCGAUGCGGUGUACCUGACCAGACAAGAGGUAGCUCCAAAUUUCAUAUUCGUCGAAAGCGAUAUGCAUUGACAGGACAGAAAUGGCAGCACAAGCACAUCACUUACAGUAUAAAGAACGUAACUCCAAAAGUAGGAGACCCUGAGACUCGUAAAGCUAUUCGCCGUGCCUUUGAUGUGUGGCAGAAUGUAACUCCUCUGACAUUUGAAGAAGUUCCCUACAGUGAAUUAGAAAAUGGCAAACGUGAUGUGGAUAUAACCAUUAUUUUUGCAUCUGGUUUCCAUGGGGACAGUUCUCCCUUUGAUGGAGAGGGAGGAUUUUUGGCACAUGCCUACUUCCCUGGACCAGGAAUUGGAGGAGAUACCCAUUUUGACUCAGAUGAGCCAUGGACACUAGGAAAUCCUAAUCAUGAUGGAAAUGACUUAUUUCUUGUAGCAGUUCAUGAACUGGGACAUGCUCUGGGAUUGGAGCAUUCCAAUGACCCCACUGCCAUCAUGGCUCCAUUUUACCAGUACAUGGAAACAGACAACUUCAAACUACCUAAUGAUGAUUUACAGGGCAUCCAGAAGAUAUAUGGUCCACCUGACAAGAUUCCUCCACCUACAAGACCUCUACCGACAGUGCCCCCACACCGCUCUAUUCCUCCGGCUGACCCAAGGAAAAAUGACAGGCCAAAACCUCCUCGGCCUCCAACCGGCAGACCCUCCUAUCCCGGAGCCAAACCCAACAUCUGUGAUGGGAACUUUAACACUCUAGCUAUUCUUCGUCGUGAGAUGUUUGUUUUCAAGGACCAGUGGUUUUGGCGAGUGAGAAACAACAGGGUGAUGGAUGGAUACCCAAUGCAAAUUACUUACUUCUGGCGGGGCUUGCCUCCUAGUAUCGAUGCAGUUUAUGAAAAUAGCGACGGGAAUUUUGUGUUCUUUAAAGGUAACAAAUAUUGGGUGUUCAAGGAUACAACUCUUCAACCUGGUUACCCUCAUGACUUGAUAACCCUUGGAAGUGGAAUUCCCCCUCAUGGUAUUGAUUCAGCCAUUUGGUGGGAGGAUGUUGGGAAAACCUAUUUCUUCAAGGGAGACAGAUAUUGGAGAUAUAGUGAAGAAAUGAAAACAAUGGACCCUGGCUAUCCCAAGCCAAUCACGGUCUGGAAAGGGAUCCCUGAAUCUCCUCAGGGAGCAUUUGUACACAAAGAAAAUGGCUUUACGUAUUUCUACAAAGGAAAGGAGUAUUGGAAAUUCAACAACCAGAUACUCAAGGUAGAACCUGGAUAUCCAAGAUCCAUCCUCAAGGAUUUUAUGGGCUGUGAUGGACCAACAGACAGAGUUAAAGAAGGACACAGCCCACCAGAUGAUGUAGACAUUGUCAUCAAACUGGACAACACAGCCAGCACUGUGAAAGCCAUAGCUAUUGUCAUUCCCUGCAUCUUGGCCUUAUGCCUCCUUGUAUUGGUUUACACUGUGUUCCAGUUCAAGAGGAAAGGAACACCCCGCCACAUACUGUACUGUAAACGCUCUAUGCAAGAGUGGGUGUGAUGUAGGGUUUUUUCUUCUUUCUUUCUUUUGCAGGAGUUUGUGGUAACUUGAGAUUCAAGACAAGAGCUGUUAUGCUGUUUCCUAGCUAGGAGCAGGCUUGUGGCAGCCUGAUUCGGGGCUGACCUUUCAAACCCAGAGGGUUGCUGGUCCUGCACAUGAGUGGAAAUACACUCAUGGGGAAGCUUCCAUGAUGCACAGUAUCUGCUGUUCUUCAGUCCUUUGUCUUUCUUUGUCAUUCAGUUCUAGGCCUUUCCUCUGCACGCUCAAUGCCCAGUAAAAUUUCAGGAUUAACUAAAGAAGAGGAGAAAAAGAAGAAAAGAUUCUUCUUAAAAGUUUCUAAUGUUAUUUUACUUCUGAAGUCUGAGCCCAUUUCUGGGGGGAGAAAAAAAAAGCAAAUCAGAAAACCCACGAUUUUUCUUUUUCUUUUUUUCUUUUUUUUAUUUUUUUGCUUUAAAACAAAGGGAAAAAAGAGUUUAAACAAAAAACCCACAAUUGAACUUCUGGGAAAGUGUGAAGACCCAAAACAGCUUUGUCUCCAAAGAAGAUAGCUCUCUGACUGCUUUGGAUAGUCUCCUACGCACCAUUUUGUCAGGUGGGAGAUUUGGAAUACACAUGCAGGACGUUAGACUGUUGGGACAGCCAUUUUCCAACAACCAAGGGGCCAAAAUAUCUGCAAUAUAGUAACAGCCUUAAUAAUACAUCCAUUUUUCGUUUUAUACAGCUGUUCUCAGCUAUGUCCUCAAUGUUUCAUCGCAUUUAUAUUCAUAGCUAUUUUCAAACACGACCUUUUAAUUGUUUUUGAAGUAUUUCUAAACCCCUUCUUUCCACCUUACUCCUCCAUCAUUGUGAUAAUCUUCCCAAGUUGUAUUAGGCCAUUGCCCCAGGCCUUCCAUGGGUCUGUCAGGAAUAUUCCUUACAAAGCAGAGCAAGAAGCAGUAUGUCUCUGAAGUGGAUUACAGUGGCAGUUAUUUUACAAGGAUUUGUGACACUAGUAAUAUACCCGUGUAACCCUUUGAGAACUAUCAGACCAGCUUUCAGAGUCUUAGGAUUGUCGGUCUUGCGAUCUGAUAAAUUAUAGAACUGGGCAAUGGUAAAAACAGUCACAAGUUCAAGAAGUUCAGGUUUUUAAAACAGAUAUCCUAUAAUGUCAUAUAAUUUUUAAAUGAUUUACAAGACUACAUAAAUGUAUUUAUAACAAACAGAAAUGAUGUUACUUGCCAAAAUUUUUCUGGCAAAUAAAAAAGGUAUUUUAUUAAGAUUCUCAUAAGUCUGAAAUUUUAUUUGAAAAACUGAUAAUAGCCUAAGUCUUCUUUUCUUUUUUUUAGGCAUACUGAAUUUCUGUUUUAAAAUCCAUUGCAUGAAAAUUCAAUUUGCCUUGGUAUAUGCAGUUAGCAUUGCCAUUUUAAAAAUGAAUUAAAACGGUGACUCUGAAGUUGCAUGAAUAUCCUCCAGUGCAUUACCUAUUGCAUGUCCACCAUAGUUCUCAAAGGGUUAGUGUGGCUUCUGGCAUUUAGCCGUCCAUUUGAUCACUGACAGAGCCAAGAGACCACCAAAGCAUUUCAUUGUUGAGUGUAAUUUGUCCUAACAGCAGUAUUGUCAUUUUCAUGUGACCUGCAGAGCAGGUUUGUAUCAAUAUUUUUUUCCUAGAGAAAAGUCAGCAACUGACAGACCUCUUUAUUGAUUUUUAGGAGCUGCUUCUUGCAGUGAAAGGCUUUACAGCCACUGGGCUGUGAACUUAUUAGAGAUGGUCAGAAUGAAUGCACCCCAUGAGUCAGACAUUGGCUUUGUGUGAAAGCCAGCUUUGAGGGGAUUAGCUUUUGAAACAAUGAACAGCUUGCCUUGAACUUGAUUAUUGAUCUAUUGACUGUCAUUAACAACAACUUAAACAUUGUCUUCUGUGAAAAUUUUCCUUGAAGAGUCCUGUUCUAUGUCUUUGCCCUUUGACCUUUAACUUGCAAACUGGCACAAACUGAAGGAAAUCUGGUGUUGCUUCUCCAUUGGAUUAGUUGUUCUCUAAAACCUAGUAAGCAUGAGCUGUUUCCUUAGAGUGGAGAGAGUGGUGAUGGCAGAUCUGCAGAUGGACACUUUGCUCUUUACAUGCACACUCUGAAAAUGCCCUAUAGGUAGAAGUGAAUUUUAAUUUCAUUUUAAUAUAAUUUCAAGUCUAAAUUCAUCAUUUUAGUACAAAUUACAAAAACUAUA